GGCGAGCCGGGGGUGCCACGCGAGAGAGGGGCAGCGGCGAGUUAGCUCAGAGUUGGAUGCUCGGGGUGUUCCGCAAAUCGAACCCCCGCUUGUCAAAUUGUUGCGGUUUAUACGUUUCGGUAAACCGAGGAGUUAGUGCUCGUUGGCUAGGGUGUUUUUUUUAAACUCCAAUGGGUGAUGAAAAGGAUUCUUGGAAGGUGAAGACUUUAGAUGAGAUUCUCCAGGAGAAGAAGCGAAGGAAGGAGCAAGAGGAGAAGGCAGAGAUCAAACGUAUGAAAAAUUCAGAUGACAGGGAUUCCAAGAGGGAUUCUCUGGAAGAGGGGGAGCUGAGAGACCAUCGCAUGGAAAUCACCAUCAGGAACUCACCUUACAGGAGGGAAGACUCCAUGGAAGACAGGGGAGAAGAAGAUGAUUCCUUGGCUAUCAAACCACCCCAGCAAAUGUCCCGGAAAGAAAAAACCCAUCACAGGAAAGAUGAGAAGAGGAAAGAGAAGCGCAGGCACCGGAGUCAUUCUGCAGAAGGGAAACAUGCCAGAGUGAAAGAGAAAGAACGGGAGCAUGAGCGUAGGAAGAGACAUAGAGAAGAGCAGGAUAAAGCCCGGCGUGAAUGGGAGAGACAGAAACGGAGAGAGAUGGCAAGGGAGCAUUCCAGGAGGGAGAGAGAUCGUCUGGAGCAACUCGAGAGAGAAAGGGAAAGAAAAAUCCGGGAGCAGCAGAAGGAGCAGCGGGAGCAGAAGGAGCGAGAAAGGAGAGCUGAGGAGAGGAGGAAGGAGAGGGAAGCCAGGAGAGAAGUUUCUGCACACCAUAGAACAGUGAGGGAAGAAUAUGGAGACAAAGUAAAAAUGAGACCCUGGAGUCGCAGCCCUUUGCGCCAGCAGAGAGACAAGCUUGAGCAAGGAGAGAGCAGGAAACCAGCAGUGAAAGAGGAGAAACCAGAAGAGAGGGAUCCUCUGUCAGACUUGCAAGACAUCAGUGAGAGUGAGAGAAAAACCAGCUCAGCAGAGUCUUCCUCAGAAUCUGGAUCGGGCUCAGAAGAGGAGGAGGAAGAAUCCAGCAGUGAAGGCUCUGAGGAAGAGGGGGAGGAAGAGGAGGAGGAGGAGGAGACAGGAAGCAAUUCUGAGGAAGUGUCUGAGCAAUCAGCAGAGGAGGUGAGCGAAGAGGAAAUGAGUGAAGAGGAGGAACGGGAGAAUGGAAACCACAUCCCAGUUGUUCCAGAGUCGAGGUUUGACCGGGAUUCUGCAGGGAGCGAGGUGGAGGAGGAGGAGGUCGGGGAGGGAUCCCCUCAUUCCAAUGCCAUGACAGAGGGGGAAUAUAUUCCUGAUUCUCCAGCGUCCUCCCCCAUCGAGCUCAAACAGGAGCUCCCCAAGUAUCUUCCUGCACUCCAGGGCUGUCGCAGCGUGGAGGAGUUCCAGUGUUUGAACAGGAUUGAGGAGGGAACCUAUGGAGUGGUGUACAGGGCAAAGGACAAAAAGACUGAUGAGAUCGUGGCUCUGAAGCGACUGAAAAUGGAAAAGGAGAAGGAAGGUUUUCCCAUUACUUCCCUGAGAGAAAUAAAUACAAUUCUGAAAGCACAGCACCUGAAUAUUGUCACUGUCAGAGAGAUCGUGGUGGGCAGUAACAUGGAUAAAAUCUAUAUCGUGAUGAACUACGUAGAACACGACCUCAAGAGCCUGAUGGAAACCAUGAAACAACCUUUCCUGCCAGGGGAGGUGAAGACUUUGAUGAUUCAGUUACUGCGAGGGGUCAAACACCUCCACGACAACUGGAUCCUUCACCGAGACUUGAAAACUUCCAACCUGCUGCUCAGUCAUUCAGGCAUUUUAAAAGUUGGAGAUUUUGGAUUAGCCAGGGAAUAUGGGUCUCCCCUGAAGCCCUACACCCCCGUGGUCGUGACCCUGUGGUACAGAGCUCCAGAGCUGUUGCUUGGAGCAAAGGAAUAUUCCACAGCCAUAGACAUGUGGUCAGUGGGGUGCAUUUUUGGGGAGCUGCUGACGCAGAAGCCUCUGUUCCCAGGGAAGUCAGAAAUCGACCAGAUUAACAAAGUUUUUAAGGAUCUGGGUACUCCCAGUGAAAAGAUCUGGCCCGGUUACAACGAGCUGCCAGCAGUGAAGAAAAUGACCUUCACGGAGUAUCCCUACAACAACCUGCGCAAGAGAUUCGGGGCUCUGCUCUCUGACCAGGGCUUCGACCUGAUGAACAACUUCCUGACGUAUUACCCAGCGCGCCGGAUCACGGCCGAGGACGGGCUGAAGCACGAGUACUUCCGGGAGACGCCGCUGCCCAUCGACCCCUCCAUGUUCCCCACGUGGCCGGCCAAGAGCGAGCAGCAGCGCGUCAAGAGGGGCACCAGCCCCCGGCCCCCCGAGGGAGGGCUGGGCUACAGCCAGCUGGGUGAUGACGAUCUGAAGGACACAGGUUUCCAUCUGACCACCACCAAUCAAGGAGCAUCUGCUGCAGGACCUGGCUUCAGCCUCAAGUUUUGAACUCAAGGUGAAAAAGGAGGCGGGGGGAAAAAACCCACAAAUUAAAAAAACAAAUUACCAUUCAUGUGAGUGGAUUUGAGUGCCCCAGUUCUGUUCUCCGUGUCGGGGGCACCAGAUGUUUUUCCCUGUGAAAAAAACCUCAAAGAUUAUCACAGAUUCCAAGGCUCUUGUUUUGUAAAUCGAUGUGGAGUUUAACUGCUGCAUUCCAUUAGAGGACUGGAGUUACCUGAAAACCCCAGGAUCAUCACAAACUGUGACAAAGGACAACUUGAAAUAACAGUCCUGGAACAGUUUCUGGUUUAUUUUUAGGGGUUGGGGGUUUUUUUUGUUGAGUUUGUUUUGUUUUUUGGGUUGUUUUUUUUUUUUUCCUUGUAAAUUUGUAGAAUUAAAAUACAUUUUCAAUUGUUUAA